AUGAUAAAUAAACGUUACAGUAGGAGUUUAUUUACAUAUAAUGGAAAGAAUAAUCAACAUAUGAGUAACAUUUCAAACAGAACAGAUAAGAGCACUGUGAAAAAGAAUGACGCGAAGGAAAAAGUGAAUAGAUUUCCUGUUUUGUUUAAAGUGAUUACAUGCGUCGUUUUGAUAUGGGUAUCGCAAUCGCCUGAGAACCCCCGCGAGAAUGCCUCUCACCAAUCGUGGAACUACGAGAAUGGAAAGUUAUACAACCAAGCAGAUGUAGCGUUUAAAAGAUCAUUAGCAGAAUAUAGUGACAUAAAUGAAUUAUAUUUUGGUGCGAACAAAAAUGUCGUUAUAGAAAAUGAAUCCAGUGAUAACUACCCAUAUGAAACUUCUACGGGAAUUUCCGAAAGUCAUGAUAUAGAAAUUAAUAAAAUUAUCAUGGACCAGUUAGAGAACGAAGAAAACUUAAGUAAAGAUAUGACUAACAACCUGCGAAAGCGAAAACAGGGAGGGAACGAAGGUGGUAAUGUAGAAGAAACGGUUGCACCAGUUAGCAGCACAUUGGAUAAUGUGUCUAAUAAUGUAGAAAACAAUGUUGCGGAACCUAUAGAAGAGGUUGUAGAAGAAGCUGUACAAGAAGCUGCUGACGAAAUCCUAGAGGAGGAGGUGACAAGUGAGAAACCUUCUGGUGCAAUCGUAGAGGAGCCCGAGGAUGCGGCAACGGUUGAAUAUGUUCAGGAGGCUGUGGAAGUUGUGCAAGAAGCUGCUGAUGAGGUGAUUGAGGAAGAUAACACACAGAAAGCAGCGGAGGGAGUUAUAGAGCAGGCUAACGAAGAAGUAAUAGUAGAAAAGGAAGCAAUGCAUGAAAAUAUAUUAAACGUAUUAGAAGAAAUAAAAGAAAGCAUAAUAGACAAAUUGGAUGUAAAUGAGGAAGCACACGAAGCCGUAUUUGAAAGCGCAGAAGAACCAGCCGCGGAGGUUGUUGCAGAAGAUAUAUUGAAAAAUUUAGAAGAAAAUAAGGAAGCAAGUGAAAACGAAUUAGAACAUAUAAAAGAAAUGAAGGAAGAAUUUUUAGACCAUGUAGCAGAAAAACUAGAGGACAACAAAAACUUGCUAGUGGAUAUGAUACAGGGUUUGGGAAAUAGCGCGCACGUGAAUGAGAGCGUAUUAGAAAAUUUAGAAGAAAUAAAAGAAGAUUUGUUGACUAAUAUUCAAAUGGCCGAGGAGACUAAGGAAGAUGUGUCGGACAUUUCAGCAGAAAGUACAGAGGAGGUAGCCGCAGAGGAAAACAUUGUUGAUGUUAUAGAAGAAAUAAAAGAACAGGUAUUAGAAAAUGUGGAAGAAACGACAGCAGAAAGUGUGGAGGAAAGUGUAGCCCAGGGGGCGGAUGAACACGCAUUAGAUGUUUUAACAGAAGUGCAGGCAAGCUUGUUAGAAAACUUUGGGCAGAAGUUAGAAGCCAGCGAAAAUUUAUUGGCAAGUGUAUUAGAGAAUGUGCAAGAAAAAGUAGAGUUAAAUGAGAAUGCGUUAGUAGACGUCGUGGCGGAAUUAAAAGAUGAAGGUAUGGGAGAGCAGGAAACAGCGGAAGAGGUCGCAGCAGAGUUAGCUAAGGAAGCCGUAGUAGAGCCCGUAGUAGGGGUUAUCGAAGAUGUGACGGAAGAACCAAAUGUUGAAGUAGCGGAAGAAAUUGCGGCACAUGUUGCAGAAGGAUCUGCUACAGAAUCCAUAGAGGAGGCGUUUGAACAAAUUAUAGAACAUGUUGCAGAGGUAAUAGCUGACGAAUCCGUAGAGGAAACCGCAGAGCAAGUUUUAGAAGAAGCUACACAAUCUGUGACGGACACAGCCGCAGAAUCUGUAGGAACAACUGUGCCAGGAGUAACAGAAGAAUCUGUUGCGGCAAGUGUUGAAGAUAUUGUACAGGAAAUUUCAGCAGAACCUACACAAGUACCUGUUGCAAGUACUGCAGCAGGGGCUAUAGAAUCCGUGGAACAAAACUUGGAAGCUGUGGAAGAGGCUGUUACAGAUAUUACAGAAGAGGCUGCGGCAGAAGCAGUAGAAGAAACUGUUGAGGAAGUUGUGGAUGAAGUUGCAGGAGAAACUAUAGAAGAGAUUGUGCCAGAAACUCCAGAAGCUACUUCAGAUGAAUCUGUGGAAACAAUUGUAGAACGCACCGUAGAAGAUAACUUAGGAGACACGCUAGAAACGAUUGUGGAGGACGUGGAGGAGGAAGCUACUGAGGAAUCCGUACAGGAGGUUGUAAAGGAGGCUGCGGAUGAAGUGAUGGAAGAGGAGGAAAAGGUUAUUGUAGAAGAGAAACCCGCUGUUGUGGUAAAGGAACUCUUAGACGAGGAUGAAGAAGAAGAGGAUGACGGCGACGAAUCCGAGGAGGAGUCCGACGAAGAGGAUGAAGAAGAAGAAGAGGAUGAAGAAGAAGAAGAGGACGAAGAAGCAGAUAAAUCUGUGCCGCCCAUGGACCAACUCAUGCAGGAACAAAUGAAAAAAAUACAAGAAUCUGUGAAACAGUCCCUCGAAGUUGUGCAAGGAGCAGUGGACGAACAAACAGAACAGGCCAUGGGCCCCGCAGGAGCAGUCAAAACAGGUGUAGUAGAGGCACCUGUCGACGUUGUGAAGGAAGCGGAGGAGCAAGAAGGAGAAGAGGAUGAAGCUCUAGUAAAUGAACAAUUAGAGAAAAACCUUUUAGAUAUAUUUUCCGGAAAGGCAGUAUUUAAUCCAAGUAUGUUAGGAAAUUUAAGUAAUAUGCAAGGUUUGCAGGAGGGUGUACCUGGCGUAAUGGACAAUAACAAAGGGGUAUCUCCAGCUGAUAUUGAAUCUUUGAAGAAUAUAUUUUCUGGUGCACUGGAUGCAAGUGCUGUUAAGGGAAUGCCACAAAUGCCAAUACCACCAGAACUACAAUCCUUUAUGAUGCCACAGAAGGAGAAAAAAGCAAAGCGUAAAGUUCAAGUACCCAAACCUAAAGUUCCAAGUACAGAAAUACAGGAGGAUAAACCAGAAGAACAAGGUAUAUUCUCCGCAAAAAAUAUAUCGGAUGUUCUUUUAUUUGCGAAGAAUAUAUUUAGAUCUAUUAAGAACUUUAAAGAUGCAGCAAUAAAAUUUUCAGACAUGAUUGGAUUAAAUGUUGAAACGAUUAAAAAGCAUUACACUACAGUUAAGAACUUCCUUAUAAGAGUGGAUGAACUAGUAGAUAAAGAAGUUAAUAAUUUAAUGGAAAGUACAGAAAGCGGUCAGAAUGUUGUUGAGGCUAAUGAAGGUUUUUUUGUUAAGAUGAAAAGACUAAUAAAUAAAUAUAAAAUAUUCUCUAUCCCAUAUUUCACUGGAACACUGGGUUCAUUUGGAUUUUUGGCGGUUGGAGCUGUGACUAUGUCUAUCCUAUCAUCUUGCUUAACAAUUUUUGCCGUAACAUAUUUCGUGUCGAAAAUAGAUAUGAAGGUCCACAAGGAUAAAAAGAGAAAAUUCUACUCCUUCUAUAUAGACGCAUACAACAAUAUGUCGUACUUCAGAGAAUAUGUUGAAGCUGUUUACAACGAACUGGUGAAGUAA